GGUUCUCAGCACUUAUAAAUACCCCCCUCAGCCUUAGAUAAAGUUAGCAACAUCGAGGAAGGGGUGAAGAUAGCAGGUGAAGGGAGUGAGAAAAUGGAGGCCAGCCAGAUCAAAUCCAUAGAGAUCAGCCUUAGCUAUGCUCUGACAGCGGGAAACUACGUGAGCAAGAUCGAGACGAUGCGUCAAGAGAACGCAGCAACUUGGUGUCGCAAUCGCCCUGUACUCCCCACCGUACUCAAUGAAAAGGAUCCUGGUUUUCUGAAGAAUCUCACUUGGUACGACGUUGUACUUGCUUCCGAUGGCGGGAAGACGGUCAGGCUGAGGAUCCGACGCGAUCAGCUCUACUUACAGGGUUUUUGCCUAAACAACGACGGUAAAUGGUUCGAGCUGGGAGAUCAGCACCUGAUCGCUGAAAACUCAACACUUCUUCGUUACGGGCAUAACUACAAUGACCUGUUACGCGCAGCUGGCUUGGAGACAACAGGAGGUCUCACUAAACUCACCUUUGGGCGUGAGAAGCUCAUAUACGCGGCACAAUGGCUUCAAACCCCAACAACUGACGUCAAGAAAACUGCCCAAGCGCUGCUCAUUGUGAUUGGCAUGUUCUGUGAGUCUGCGAGGUUUAUUCCGAUUAGUAGCUAUUUUAGGAGGACAUGGCAGGAAAGCAAGAACGCCCCCGCUUGGGUCGAUACCCUGGUCCAUCGGUGGGGACAGCUCUCUGGAUGUUGUUUGUUCUAUGAUGCUGAUCCUACCUAUAAAUGGGUUCCUCAGAAACUUGUGGUUGAGGGACCAGCACCGAAUUAUGAUCCAGUAACGGUUGUGGCUAAAACCAUGGUUGAACUGCUGGAAUAUCUUGGCAUACUGCAGAGGGAUCCGAGUACUAUCGUUGCUCCUAAGGCACAGGCUGUGGCCGAGUGAUAUCCUGUGGGUUUAAAUAAUAAUGCUGUAUAUGGAAUAAAUGUGAGCCUGCUAAGGUUUCCAUGGGUUCGGAGUGAUGUUGUGCUCCGGGUGAAGUCUGAAGUCUUUUUUCUGAGUCACGUACUGUAAUGGGCAACUAGUCUUUUGCAUGAAUAAAUAAAGCUGUGCUUGCAGGUCUUAAUUUGGUA